GGCUCCACAGCGGCUCCUCAGCGGCUCCACACCGGAUCCCUCAGCCCUCAGCAGCCGCCCACAACACCCUGGACCGCGCCUUCGUUUCUCUCCCUGUCCACAGGAGCGGCUCUUCGUCAGCGGCUGCUCUCACGGACACCACGGCGGCACCGAGGCUGACAGACGGCGGAUAACGAGCCUGCUCCGCCCGGCGCACCGGGAGCCACCGACCCCCCCCUCCCCGGCCGCUGGGAGCCCGGACACCGGAGGGGCUGCACGGCUACAGCUAACUGGGAAAACCCGGGGAGCGCAUCCUCCAGACCCUUCGCCGCUCUGAAGGUGACAGUGUGAAGAUGGAUUAAAAAGAUGAAAUGUCCCAUCAUCCCAAUAAGAGGACUUCUCUGUGAGGUUUUGCUCUGCAGCUUAACUGUGUGACUGAGCUGGGAGGAGGAAGAAGAUGCCACCCAGGCCGUCCUCAGGGGAGCUAUGGGGCAUCCACUUGAUGCCUCCAAGGAUCCUGGUGGACUGUCUGCUGCCCAACGGGAUGAUCUUGACCCUGGAGUGUCUCCGCGAGGCCACGCUCAUCACCAUCAAACAUGAGCUGUUCAAGGAAGCCAGGAAAUAUCCCCUCCACCACCUCCUACAGGAGGAGACCUCCUACAUCUUUGUCAGUGUUACACAGGAAGCAGAGCGGGAAGAGUUCUACGAUGAGACUCGGAGGCUGUGCGAUCUCCGACUCUUCCAACCGUUCCUCAAGGUCAUUGAACCAGUUGGCAACAGAGAGGAAAAGAUCCUCAACAGAGAGAUCGGUUUUGCCAUCGGUAUGCCUGUGUGUGAGUUUGACCUGGUGAAAGACCCUGAGGUUCAGGACUUCAGGAGAAACAUCCUGAAUGUUUGUAAAGACUCCGUGGAGCUCAGAGAUGCUAGUGGGCCUCACAGUAGAGCACUGUACGUUUACCCACCCAACAUAGAAUCCACACAGGAACUUCCCAAACACAUCUAUAGCAAACUGGACAAAGGUCAGAUUAUUGUUGUGAUCUGGGUAAUUGUUUCACCGAACAAUGACAAACAGAAGUACACACUGAAGAUCAACCACGACUGCGUGCCUGAACAGGUGAUUGCGGAGGCUAUUCGUAAGAAGACCCGCAGCAUGCUGCUGUCGCCAGAGCAGUUAAAGAUGUGUGUUCAGGAAUACCAGGGUAAAUACAUCCUCAAGGUUUGUGGCUGUGACGAGUACCUACUGGAAAAGUACCCCAUCAGUCAGUAUAAGUAUAUCCGUAGUUGCAUCAUGCUGGGCAGGUUGCCUAACCUGAUGCUCAUGGCAAAGGACAGCCUUUACACCCAGCUGCCAACGGACAACUUUGUCAUGCCGUCAUACUCUCGACGCAUCUCCACGGCGACCUCCUAUAUGAACGGCGAGGCAGCUGCCAAGUCGCUGUGGACCAUCAACGGAACGCUGAGAAUACGAAUCCUCUGUGCCACCUAUGUUAAUGUCAAUAUCCGGGACAUAGACAAGAUUUAUGUGAGAACAGGUAUUUACCAUGGAGGAGAACAGAUGUGUGACAACGUCAACACACAGAGAGUACCCUGCUCGAACCCCAGGUGGAAUGAGUGGCUCACAUACGAUAUGUACAUCCCAGACAUCCCCCGUGCUGCCAGACUCUGCCUCUCCAUCUGCUCGGUCAAGGGCCGAAAGGGAGCGAAGGAGGAGCACUGUCCGUUAGCGUGGGGUAAUGUCAACUUGUUUGACUACACUCAUACUCUGGUGGCCAACAAAAUGGCUCUGAACCUCUGGCCUGUCCCUCAUGGCCUUGAAGACCUCCUCAACCCCAUAGGAGUCACUGGAUCUAACCCCAAUAAGGAAACGCCAUGUUUAGAGCUGGAGUUUGACCACUUUAGCAGUCAGGUCAAAUACCCAGAUAUGAACGCAGUAGAAGAUCACGCAAACUGGACCAUCUCGAGGGAGCUGGGAUUUAACUACAACCUCUCUGGACAGAAUAACCGUGUGGCCAGAGAUCACGCCCUGACAGAGAGCGACACUGAGCAGCUGAGACAGCUGAGCAACAGAGACCCUCUGUCAGAAAUCACUGAGCAGGAGAAAGACUUCCUCUGGAGACACAGACACUACUGCAUGAACAUCCCUGAGAUCCUUCCCAAGAUCCUUCUCGCUGUCAAAUGGAACUCCAGAGAUGAAGUAGCACAGAUGUACUGUCUGCUGAAGGAGUGGCCAUCUAUCCGUCCUGAACAGGCCAUGGAGCUGCUGGACUGCAACUAUCCAGACCCCAUGGUCAGACACUUUGCUGUACGCUGCCUUGACAAAUACCUGACUGAUGACAAACUGUCUCAGUACUUGAUCCAGCUUGUACAGGUGUUAAAAUAUGAGCAAUACCUCGACAAUCCUCUGGUCCGCUUCCUCCUCAAAAAGGCCCUGACCAAUCAAAGGAUCGGGCACUUCUUCUUCUGGCAUCUCAAGUCGGAAAUGCACAAUAAAACAGUGAGCCAGCGGUUCGGGCUGCUGUUAGAGGCUUACUGCAGGGCUUGUGGCAUGUACCUGAAACACCUGAGCAGGCAGGUGGAGGCCAUGGAGAAGCUCAUAAACCUCACGGACAUCCUCAAACAGGAGAAGAAGGAUGAGACGCAAAAGGUCCAGAUGCGGUUUCUUGUGGACCAGAUGAAGAGGCCGGACUACAUGGACGCACUCCAGAACUACACCUCCCCUCUAAACCCUGCGCACCAACUGGGAAACCUGAGGUUAGACGAGUGCAGAAUAAUGUCAUCAGCAAAGAGGCCGUUGUGGCUGAACUGGGAAAAUCCUGACAUCAUGUCCGAGCUCCUCUUUCAGAACAACGAGAUAAUCUUCAAAAAUGGAGAUGACUUGCGACAGGAUAUGCUGACGUUGCAGAUUAUUAAAAUCAUGGAGAAUAUUUGGCAGAAUCAGGGACUGGACCUACGGAUGCUCCCCUACGGCUGUCUGUCGCUCGGAGACUGCGUGGGUCUCAUUGAGGUGGUUCGUAGCUCCCACACGAUCAUGCAGAUUCAGUGCAAAGGAGGCUUGAAGGGAGCCCUGCAGUUCAACUCCAACACUCUGCAUCAGUGGCUCAAGGACAAGAACAAGGGCGAAAUGUAUGACUUGGCUGUGGAUCUGUUUACAAGGUCCUGUGCUGGCUACUGCGUAGCUACGUUUAUCCUCGGGAUAGGAGACAGGCACAAUAGCAACAUUAUGGUCAAAGAUGAUGGACAGCUGUUUCAUAUAGAUUUUGGUCAUUUCCUGGAUCAUAAGAAGAAGAAAUUUGGCUACAAGAGAGAGCGAGUGCCCUUCGUACUGACUCAGGACUUUCUCAUCGUCAUCACCAAGGGAUCCCAGGAGUGCACAAAGACCAAAGAGUUUGAGAGGUUCCAGGAGAUGUGUUAUAAAGCCUACCUGGCCAUCCGGCAGCACGCCAACCUCUUCAUCAACCUGUUCUCCAUGAUGCUGGGCUCUGGCAUGCCGGAGCUGCAGUCAUUUGACGACAUCGCCUACAUCAGAAAGACUUUGGCUCUGGAGAAGAGUGAGCAGGAGGCGUUGGACUACUUUAUGAAACAGAUGAAUGAUGCUCACCACGGAGGGUGGACCACCAAGAUGGACUGGAUAUUCCACACAAUUAGACAGCAUGCACUAAACUGAUCUCCUGCGCAUCAGUCCCACCACGGAGUAUUUACUUCUGUCAGCCAGAAGUUCCUUCAAGGAACUUCAGUUCUGUUACAGCGCACAUUACGAACAGCUCACUGACGAUGAAAGUUUCAUCUGGGUUUAUUUCCUACAGGGUUUCUUUCUUGGCCUUUUUGUGAUGAUACUCUCCCACUGCCCUCUGCUUGUUAACUCGACUGGAAGAGCGUCUUCUUCAUGUCCUGGGGAAGAUAUGACCGUCCUGGCUGAUGCUUGUGUCCAUGGCUACUGUGCUUCCUUUGUUGUUUUGCCCAACCGGAUCAAACUGGGGUGCCGAGGAAACGUUACCUCUCUCCCAUCUGCUCUUGAAGGAAACACAAUUUGGACAAAACAGCACAGAUGACUUUUCUGCUGAGUUAUAAAAGCACUUUUGAUGCUGCACUGUGGCUCCACCGUAGACAGGAGGCGCUUUGGAAACCCUUUUUAAUCGUAUCACUGCUGAGGAAGUAGUGGGCACAAGGAACUGACACGUGCAGGAUUACACGACAAUCUUCUCCUCCAUCUCUGCGGUGAAGUCGCCCUUCUGAGGAAACGUCAGAGCUCAGAAACUGCCCUGCAGCAGAGUGUGUGCGUCGUGCACAGCUCUGCAGUCGCCCGUCGAAGAAGCAGCACUCUACUCCUGGGAACCGUCGUUGGUGGUGCAGCUUUUAAACUCAUGCAUAUUCUUCAGGGUGAUGAAUCCUCUCCGUCAAAGAAACAGCACUUAGAACUAUCAGAAUAAUACACAGAUUUAUUAUGACUUUUUACAUUUAUUUAUGUAUCUCGUUUCUUUCAGUUUCAGUUUAUGUGUCCGGUUUCUUUCAGUUUCAUUCGUUAACAAAGACAUCUAAUGCUCUGUUUGGUUCGGUCACUUUCACAGUUCAUCUCAUUCGACCGCGUCAGAAGAUCAGUUUGUGUCGUUGUGGCUCGUUUGCAGAACCUUCCAUGAAAUCUAAAGGCAAAAUGAGAAGAGCGAGUGCCACGCUUACAUUUUUUGAUAAAGGGACCGUUUUUUUUACGCCUCUGGCUGUUUGAAUGCCAGCGAGCAGAGGCCGAGGGGAAGGUCACGUCUUCCUGUUGAUAAAAUGCCUUGGCGUCACAGCACAACAUUCUACGACACUGCACAUCGCUAAUCUCCUUAAAGUCUGCCUAAGCAAGUUGUAGUGAGCAAACACGGCAGCACUAUUAACAUGAAGCAUGGCAGCUUUUAGGAAAUGCUAGAUUUGACCUUCAUCGGGUUUUAUUUGUACUGUAUUUCUAACUGUGUCACGUUGAUGAGCUUCAUCACGUCCCCACUAGAAUUUAUUUUAAAUGUUGACUCAUGGACAAAGUCCAUUUUAUCUUGUCAAUGGACGAACAACUUUCCUCUGAGCCUGAAACCCUGGUUGUAUUAGAGCCCUGCCUCCUUCGGCAGAUACUGUGAAAGCCAUGCUCUACACCUGUGUGUUCAAAACUUUUUGUUGUUUUUGAAUUCGUUAAAUUCACAGUGAUACUGUAGUUAGAGUUUCUUUAAGCAAGUGAAGCAGCACGUGGGAAGAAGUAUUGAAUGAAUAUGAAGAGCGACACACACACACACACACACACACACACACACACACUCCUCCCUCCCUCAAUGAAUUUGGCUUCAGCUACGUUCUGGUAAUGUAAACAAAGUCUUGCCAACUGAAGAUCUAUAAACACACGGAGGCAGAGUUGAGCAGAUUCGGUUAAUGAAUGUGUGUCCAUGCCUCUGACUCUUUAUCAUCAUGUUUUACAAAAAAGACUAAGAAAGUCUUUCAGUGUGAGAAUAUGAGAUGACAUAAUUAACACAGAGGCAGGACCACAAAAUGUGUUUCUUUUAUUUCCCUCGCCUUCCACUUGACUCGUGAAUCGUCUCAUAAAUGAUUUGAGAUGAUUUUAAAAAGGUGCACAGACAGUUUCUGUGUUGAACCUCUUGAAAGCUGUGUGUGCCUCACAAGCACUUGAUGCCCUCACAUUGUAUCUAGAAGGACACUAUAGUGUGUGUGUGUGUGUGCGCGCGUGAUGUACUAUUUCAGCAUUAAUGGGUAGAAUGUCUUUAACCGCUGACAUGGACCUGACGUGCACUUCUAUGAUUUCUCAUCGCCACGUUCUAAAGUCAGAUGCGGUGCCACCGAGCGUCGUCUGUUGUUGCUUCUCCUUUUAUUUGCCAUUUUUUCUCAACGUGCCAAACCAGGUCUGAGAACGUGAGGCCUGUGGAAGUGAAUGCUGGACUUGCACCAUGCAGUAAAAGUCAUAUCAGUUACAUACUAAAAAAAAUAGGAGGUUGGGGUUUGCACUUAAAAAGGCCUUUUUGUUCUGAGGGACUCUGUAGGAGUGACGGUAGUCUAGUUUGCAUGUUUACAAGCAGCAUAACCACUAUGUAUGAUGUACAUUUUGAAACAGCAUUCAACAGUAUGUAUGUACAGUUACAGUCUUUUCUACGGGAGGCUUCAUGUGUGAGUGUUUAUAGAGAUGGACGAAGCAUCUCCACUUCCUGUGAAUCUUGCACGUUCGGAGCCAGACUCUGGGAAGUAGCUAUCGGUGGACGGGGCUGCAGCGGUGAGGUUCCACCGAAACCUGAGCUCAGCCAAUCGUGAGUCAGUUUCUUUCAAUCAAGAUGUUUUAUAGCAUCGAGAAACAACUUGAAUCCAAACAAGCAAAACAUCAAUGUGACAUUUGUAUUUUGACUGAAGAGGCGGGACGUAUGAGCUGUACUGCAGCCGGCCACCAGGAGGCAGUCAAGAUGAUUUGGCUUCAUUUGUGUGGAGCUGUCAUGUCGUCCAUCUUUAUGAACAGUCUGUGACAAACCUGUUGAGUUGUUAUCUUCAUUAUCUUUUGCCAUAUAUCCUCCAAUCUGAUGGUGUGAGUGUGUGUGUGCAUCAGUUAUCCUUCUGUACAGGUGCAGAGCUUCAUUGGCAGGUCCCAGUGAAAAUGUGUGUGUUUGUGUGUGUGUCCAUCCAUGUGUGUGUCGACACUUAACUGUUGAAGUGAUGGCGUCUCUCUCUGAGUUUUGUUUUUCUGCAGAAAAGCUUCAGAAACAAACACAAAAGAAGGGAAAGUUUUUUUUUUUAGUUGUAAAUGUUUGACUUGAAACGUCAUGAAUCAGAACCAGUGUUGGUUUAGUGUUCAGAUGCGGGGGUGCAGUAUCUACUCUGUGAGUGUGUGUUGUACGUGAGAAGCAAAGGUUGAAGCGUUUGUGUACAGGUCGUUUGUUUGUUACCGAUCGUGAAUGUCAUCGGUGCCACAGUUCUGCUUUUCAGAGUGAAACGGCAGCUUGUUCUUGAACUGGUGAAGGACCGAAGUUGUGCUCGAGUCCAAAUGUUGUAAAGAUCCGGUGCAGACGGAACCGCGAUGAAGGUUUUCAGUUUCAGCCUCAUAAUCGUACGAAUGAACAGGUUUUCAGAGACAGUUUGUUUGAUUCUCCUGCUCUCAGACUUUCAGGAUUUCUGCAACUAACUGAUUUAGAUUUGGACUUUGAUCCCCUCCCGUCUUUCUCUGUCAGAUGUUCCAACGAUGAAAACACCGGUCACAUUAACAAACCUGCUCAAUGGUCACAGGGUCACUUUCACUGGUUCUGCGUCACUGAGCCAGUUCGUCUGCAGCAGUUUGAGCUUCACACAGUGACGCUCGUUAAUCGUCGCGUUUCACAAGCGCUGAGAAUUACUGAGAGAGGAGAGGAACACUCAGUGUGUCUGCGAGUACAAUCACAUAGUGUGACCUUUGAUUCCAUCUUUGAUAUGAUUGAAUCAGAAACAACAAUCUGGAAGUGUUACCUCUGUUGUUUUUUUUGUUUCUGAUGAAUUUCUGUUCACGUUACUUUGUCCACCACCCGUAUGAAUAUGAGCUCUGAUAUUUAGUGAAUAGGAAUCUUUGUUAGUUUUUACUGUGGAGGCGUUUAAGGAAGUUAUUAAAGUUACAGAAUGUUACUUAUGACACAGAUUGUGUUUCCAUCCAGCCGUGAAUGGGCUUUAAACACAUUUAACGCAGGGUUUUAAACUCCUGCAACAAAAAAAAGCAACCUUGCAUUAAGGAGAAAUGACUGCAAAUCGUUUUAUAUCUCAAUCGUCCCAGAUUCUCACUUUAAAGGAGGAAUACUGACGGAAUGGUCUGUGGCUUCAUGUUCAUCUCUGUAUGCAGAACUAUAAACUACAUGAGUGUGUCACUAACACAGUGUGUUUCCAUGCCAUGCUGUCAGAACCUUAACCUAUACUAUGAAUGAAUGUAACGGGCCCAUGUAUUGUUCUUCACUGCCUAUACCUGCAUGAGAUUGGGUAAAGGGGAAUAUUCUUCCUCUUGCUUUAUUGUUUUUUUAUUUAGUCUGCUAUGCAGCCUCACAGAUGUUUAUGAAUGAAUGCCUUAAGUUUGCUCCCUGUAGGAACAGUUUCUAGGACAAAUUCAUUCUCAUGAUAACCUGCGUUUUUUUUUAUUUAUACGUGUAAACGAUUGUGUUCCAGUUUGGCUCCCCGGUCACAGAGUAAAGGUUUUUACUCUGACUGACUGACUGACUGGCUGCUCAUCUGAUUGUUCU